CUGGCAGGGAAGAGCAUGACCUGGUGGCCGGUGGGGGCCUCGCUGUUUUCCAGCAACAUCGGCAGCGGGCACCUAAUCGGUCUGGCCGGUUCCGGCGCGGCGGCGGGAAUCGGGGCGAUCGCCUACGAGUGGAAUGGAAUGUUGAUGGUGCUGCUGCUCGCGUGGCUCUUUCUGCCCAUUUAUCUGGCCUCUGGGGUGACGACCAUGCCGGAAUAUUUACAGAGGCGAUUUGGCGGGAGACGAACGCACUUGUUCAUAGCCGUCUUGUGCUUGUUUAUUUACAUCUUUACCAAGAUUUCAGUGGACAUGUAUGCCGGUGCAUUGUUUAUAAAGCUGGCUUUGCAGUGGGACAUCUACCUGGCUGUGGUGCUCCUGCUCUCCGUCACUUCGCUCUACACUAUAGCAGGUGGUUUGGCUGCAGUCAUCUACACCGACGCUGCUCAAACGGUUAUCAUGCUGGCGGGAGCGCUCAUCCUUAUGGGCUUUAGUUUUGCUAAGGUGGGAGGCUGGAAUGCUCUGAUGGAGGGCUACCUCGACGCCAUCCCGUCGGUUCGCGUCCCGAACACGACGUGCGGCAUCCCUCGAGGGGACUCCUUCCACAUAUUCAGGGACCCGGUGGACUCUGACCUCCCGUGGCCAGGCCUCAUCAUCGGCAUGUCCGUUCCUUCCAUGUGGUACUGGUGCUCUGAUCAGGUGAUCGUGCAGCGCUCACUGGCUGCCAAAACGCUGACUCAUGCGAAAGGCGGCUCCCUAUUGGCCAGUUACCUCAAGAUUUUGCCUUUUUUUACCAUCAUGUUGCCCGGCAUGAUCAGCAGGAUACUUUACACAGAUGAGGUAGCGUGUGCCGAUCCGGAGUUGUGUAAGCAGAUCUGCGACAACCCGGUAGGAUGUACUGACACCGCCUAUGCCAGACUGGUCAUGGAACUCCUUCCCGCUGGACUGCGCGGUCUGAUGAUGGCUGUGAUGAUCGCUGCGCUCGUGUCCUCCCUCACAUCAGUCUUUAACAGCGCCAGCACCAUUUUCACCAUGGACCUGUGGAAGACGUUCCGAUCCGCCGCAUCCGAGUGGGAGCUUAUGAUUGUGGGGAGAGUGUUUGUGCUCGUAAUGGUGGUGGCGUCCAUUUUCUGGAUUCCCGUCAUCCAGGCCAGUCAGGGGGGGCAGUUGUUUAUCUACAUCCAGUCUAUCAGCACCUACCUGCAGCCCCCCGUGUCCGUCAUCUUCCUCCUGGGCUGCUUCUGGACCAGGACCAAUGAGAAGGGCGCAUUCUGGGGCGUGGUGGUGGGACUGACGGCGGGCUGCACCCGCAUGCUGUUGGACUUCAUCUACCCGGCCCCGCUGUGCUUCGAGCGGGACGACAGGCCCGCCGUGGUCAAAUCGGUCCAUUACCUCUACUUCUCCACGCUGCUGUCGUUCAUCACGCUGGCGGUGGCCGUUCCGGUCAGUCUGGCCACCGAGGAGCCCAAAGCCGAGCAGAUUCGUGGUCUGACUUGGUUCACAAGAUGCGCCCCAAUUGAGGCCAAAGAGCCGCCCUUGGAGGAGGUGACAGGUCACCAGAUGGCAGGAAAGGAAGAAGACCACACAAGAAAAGAUUCAUCAAGCUCGCGUUCCGACGUGCGACAUCGGUUCAGGCUGGCUUCGGCGCUCUACUGGCUGUGUGGGAUGGAGAGACGGGAGAAGGAAGCGGAGAGGAGCCCCGCGACGCCCGUGGCCCCUGACCUCAGUCAACUGAAAGAAAAUCCGUGUCUGAAACAGGUGGUCAACGCCAACCUCAUCGUUUGCCUCUCCGUGGCCGCGUUCAUUAUCGGCUACUGGGCUUGA